AUGCUGGGGAGAGAUCUGCAGCCAGGCUUGGGUCUUAUCUCUAUCCGCCUGGGGGGCAACCCCUGGGUGUGCGGCUGCGCCAUGGAGCCCUUCCUCAAGUGGCUGCGGGGACGCAUCCAGCGCUGCGCGUCGGGUAGGUGCCGCGCGGGCCCCGAGGUGGCGGGAGCCCCCCUGCUCUCCCUGACGGAGGAGAGCUUCCAGGCCUGCCACCUCACCCUGACGCUGGACGACUAUCUCUUCAUCGCCUUCGUCGGCUUCGUCGUCUCCAUCGCCUCGGUGGCCACCAACUUCCUGCUGGGCAUCACCGCCAACUGCUGCCACCGCUGGAGCAAGGCCAGCGAGGACGAGGACGUUUAG